AUGAGUACUACGGAAGCCCCAUCACCUCGGCCGGUUGUGGUUGCAGCUUGCCAAUUAGGUCCUGUGCACCUUGCAGACUCCCGACAGGAUGUUCUCAACCGAAUGUGCAAGCUUUUGGACCAAGCCGCGAGAGAGAAUGUGAAGCUGGCCGUCUUCCCCGAGUUGGCCUUUACCACCUUCUUCCCUAGAUAUCUGAUCGAGGGGGAAGACCUGGAUCAAUACUUUGACAUCGAAGAUCCAAGCAAAGGUGGUAUCGAGCAAUCUCCCAAUAUAAAACCACUAUUUGAUCACGCAUAUUCCCUCGGUAUUGACGUCUACGUGGGCUACGCGGAAAGAAGUAUCCAAGAAGACGGCUCUCACAUCGACUACAACUCUAGCGCGUACUAUUCUGCACACGCAAACAAGAUUGUCGGGAAAUACCGCAAAGUACAUUUACCAGGAUCAGUUGAGCCAAAAACCGAGCCAGGUGCAUUCCAGCAGCUAGAAAAGCGCUAUUUUCAUCCUGGCAACCUGGGGUUUCCCGCGUUCAGGGCUCCUGGACUUGUCCCUGGCGCCGUUAAGAAAUCAGAUGCCAGCGCCAGCCCAGCAGAGAACAACGGAAAGGGAGACCCGAUUAUUGGCAUGCUGAUAUGCAAUGACCGACGAUGGGCCGAGGCAUGGCGUGUAUACGGCCUUCAAGGAAUUGAAAUUAUGUGCUGUGGGUAUAACACCACUGCCUUUCAAACGACAGCUAGCGGCCACAUGGUGGAUAUGAGCCCGGAUGCGGCCGAGGAUCUUGUUCUGCUUCAUCAUAAGCUUUCAUGCCAAGGAAAUAGUUACAUGAACGCCUGCUUCAGUAUCAACGUUGCCAAGACAGGCGCCGAAGAUGGAAAUCCGUUGGUUGGUGGAACUAUCAUUGUUCAUCCGCUUGGCCAUAUCAUCAAGGAAGCAAAGACCAAAGAAGAUGAACUGGUGGUUGCAUCUAUUGAUUUGUCGGACUGCUAUCGCCUUAAGAACACGGUUUUUGCAUUUGAGAAACAUCGACGAACCGAGCACUAUCAUCCCAUUGUGGAACAGACUGGGGCGAUUGAGCCAGAGUUGCUUUGA